CACAAACUAUCACAAAAAGCAUAAAUAAACAAAUCACAAGGGAGUGUACAAUAGAGUGUAGUGUGUCCUACUCCACAACCGUUAGUUACAUAACCCACACAACUCCACUCCCUGCCAUGAUACUCGCGCCACCGCCGUCGCCGCCGCUCUUCGCCGCCGUAACAAACCACCGCCUCCCGCUUUUCCCGCCAAAACUGCGAAAUUUUUGUCGACAACCGCACCUUCAAAUUACAGCGGCUUUCACAAGCGAUGUGGACUUGUUCACUAAGAAUUCAGGUUACUUGUUCCAACUCAGCGACUCGGAAGCCGACACGAUGACCGAGUACAAUAUUAAUAAAAUCAAGGCGUUUUAUAGAGACAAGCCUCUCGUAGUGAUUCGUCGUCUCGUUCAAAUCGGUACUACGCUUGGAAAAUGGGUCGGGUUGAGGUAUUUGGAUAGCAUCAGUGACCGCUCCGAAGAAAUGUUCAAGGUAAGAGCUGCCGAGUUGCGGAAGUUAUUGGUGGAACUUGGUCCGGCUUACAUCAAAAUUGCUCAGGCUAUCUCAUCCCGCCCCGACUUAAUACCACCAUCUUAUGUCGAAGAGCUCUCACUUUUGCAAGAUCAAAUAUCUCCAUUUGCGACUGAACUCGCUUUUGAUACAAUUGAAAAAGAGCUCGGAUUGCCAAUUAAUGUGCUCUUCUCUGAGAUCUCGCCUGAUCCUGUUGCAGCAGCAUCCUUAGGACAGGUCUACCAAGCUAGGCUUCAGUCUACUGGCCAGUUAGUUGCAGUCAAAGUGCAAAGGCCAGGAGUUCAAGCUGCUAUAUCAGUAGAUAUAUUGGUCUUGCGUUAUCUUGCAGGACUGAUUAGAAGAAUUGGAAACUUUAAUAGUGAUCUGCAGGCAAUUGUUGAUGAAUGGGCAUCAAGUCUUUUUCGGGAGAUGGAUUACAGGAAUGAAGCCAAAAAUGGACUUAAGUUCAGAGAGCUGUAUGGUGAUUUGAAAGAUGUCAUGGUUCCGAUCAUGUUUGAGGCCCAAACAACGCGGAAGGUCCUUACUAUGCAGUGGGUGGAGGGCAAGAAGUUGUCUGAAGUGAAGGAUCUUUAUAUUGUUGAGGUUGGAGUAUACUGUUCACUUUUGCAACUUCUAGAACAUGGAUUUUAUCAUGCUGAUCCACACCCUGGAAACCUGCUCCGGUCCUCUGAUGGAAAAUUAGCAUAUUUAGAUUUUGGUAUGAUGGGCGAGUUCAAAGAAGAAUUUCGUGAUGGUUUUAUUGAAGCUUGUCUCCACCUGAUUAAUCGUGAUUACGAUGAAUUGGCCAAAGAUUUUGUCACUCUUGGGCUUAUUCCCCCAUCCGCAGAUAAGGAGGCCGUUACAGAGGCAUUAACAGAUCUUUUUAAGAAUGCAAUUGCCAAAGGGGUGGACAAUGUUAGUUUUGGAGACCUUUUUGCAAAUUUGGGAACAACAAUGUAUAAGUUCAAGUUCAAGAUACCUUCUUAUUUUUCUCUUGUCAUUAGGAGUCUUGCAGUUCUGGAGGGAAUUGCAUACAGCUUUAACCCAAAUUAUAAAGUUUUGGGCGGUGCUUACCCAUGGAUUGCCCGAAAAGUACUAACUAAUAGCUCACCUCAGCUGAAAGCUUCUUUGAAACAACUUUUGUACAAGGAUGGUGUUUUCAGAAUUGAUCGUUUAGAGGCUCUAGCAGCAGAGGCUCUACGUGCCAGAACAGAGGAGACCUUGGGCACUAGUAAACCAGAAGAUGGUGAUGUUAAGGUUGUGAUCAAGCAAAUCCUUGCCUUCGUGUUAACUGAGAAGGGUACCUUCGUGAGAGAAUUACUUGUUCAAGAAUUGGCCAAGGGACUGGAUGCACUGGGGCUAGCCACUCUGGAUUCAGUGACAUCGGCAGCAGCAUCAAAUCUACCUUUUGGCUCAUCAAUCUCCAUAUCUUUAAUGAAAGAUGAAGAUGUAGUUAACUUAAGAAACUUGUAUCGGCUUUUGCACUUAAUGCAAGGAGUCCGGAAUGAUGAAAGAACAUCAGUGGAAGCUAAAGUUGAUGGACCACCUCAGAUGAGCCAGAAAGCAUACCCAGAGGUAGCUUUAGCUGUUGAUCAGUUUUCUCCUGUUCAAGAUAUACUACCUCUCCUAUCUAUUAUUCUUGAGCUUCCUCUGGAUGGGCAGCGACAACUAUUAUUUUUGCCAGCUGAUCUUACUGGAAAGUUAAUUAACCGUGUUACAGCAAGGACAUUAAGGAGGGUUUUCCUGUAAAAUGGAAUAGAUUUAUAGUCCUUUGUCUAUCCUUCCCCCACGCCCACCGAUGCUGUUCUAUUGUUGCAGACUUGCGGUCACGUUAUAUAUGUUCAGUUUGCAUCACUGAUUGCACUAAGCACAACACUUGGUCCUGAUGAGGUCACUAUUGCAGACAUUCUUGAAGUUUUGUAUAUACAGAUUUAUGUAUACAACAUGUCAUGUGUCAUGUGUGUAUCCACGAAUCCAAGAGAAGAUGAAACAUCAUAGUGUUAACAAGGAAACAGUGAAAUUUUGCACAAGUGUAUAUGCAGUUUCAAUUGUACAAUCAUCUCUUAUUUAAAGCUACAGUGAGCACCUAGCUAUCAUAUCCAGCUAAUUGAAGUUUGUACUUUGUAACACUUCCGGAUAACGCUAUCUGCAAAUUGUCUAUUCAUCAUCAGCCAUUGAUCUAA